AUGGCUGAUGAGCCGUCGUACAUUGACUACGAGGCGUUCCUUGACCCAUCGUUUUCGCCUAAUGACUUCGCCAAUACCUUGAUCACUAGCACAAACAACCCUUCUGAUACUCAGCUCGAUCUUUCCACUCCUCUGUCGAGAGUUCUUUUCGAUAUUCAAGAAAUUGACACUCAUAUCCAUACAUUAACGACCAAGUCUGCGCUACCGCUGCUGUCGCAUACUCGUAACCAAAAUGAUGCGGGACAAAGUGUUUUACACACUGUCGAAGCACAAGUUUCUGUCUUGAAAGAAGGAUAUGAGAGAUUAGAAAAGGAUGUUGUGAGGAAAUGGGAGAAUGCUGAGGAGGUGAGAGGGGCUGCGGAGAGAUCCUGGGCUACCGUCCGGCUAGCUAGGGCCGUGGGACGAUGUUUGAUGCUGGGCAGGCAACUUGAAGGCCAGCUCCUAGAGCUUAGCCCGCGUGCUGUAGACACUGGUGGCGGUUCGCCCACUGUUAUCAGGGAAGAUCAUCGGGCACUCAUUCGAGCAUCACACACCCUUUUAAUGCUGCGACGAAUGUUUACGACGACAGGCGACAACGAGGAGGGCUACGGGCUCGAUAGGGUCAAAGUUAUCAGAACGCUCAGAAGCGAUCUCGUUGUGCCUGCUGAGAACAGCAUCAAGGCUAAAAGUCAGCAGAUUCUGAGCAGGUUUUCGGUGACGGCUGUUUCGUCCGAUUCUGACGGCGCUGCAAAUUCGGCCAAGUAUCGCGGAGAGGGCGGUUCUGGGACCACCACCUACGCACAGCAAGAAGAAACGAGGCAGCGGACCAUUUCCGCUAUUACUACUUUAUAUCUCCUUUCCCCAACCCCUACCGUUAAUAUUCCGGCAUCUGACUUCACUCCAGAGCUUCUUUUGGCGACUUUGAAGGGCUACAUCCAUGCAACUGUAACUUCAUCACUAAAUCCUUUGUCACGAGGACUUUCAAUGUUACCAGUGCUCGAUAAGGCGCUCUUGGAAGUCUCCACGCGGUGUCAGCACAUAGUAUCCCUAGAAAUUCUUCUAGAGAGCCUAAAGCCCCCAAACCACCCUUUCCUGACAUAUACGUCAGAUCAGGAGACUGAUUAUGGAGAGCGCCCUGCAGGUAGCAAAACAAAAUCUAAUCUCCUUCAGCCCGUCCUCCAAUUACUCGACACUACAUCUCUCCCUUCCUACUUCUGGCGAUCACUCGCUUCGUCUCUAUCCCCUCGGGUCCAGGAAAUCGUGUCCCAUGGGGGCGUUUCUGCACGUACCUUGAAGUCAAAUCGCGAUCGGCUCCGGGAAGAUAUCAGGGCGUGCGUUUUACGGGGCUCCCAAUUGCCCAACUCCGGGACCGGUAGAUCCAGGCCCGAUACGCCAAGGGUGGUGGGCAACUGGGAGCGCGAGGCUGCUGUUAUGAUUAGCGCUGUGCUGAGCGGACUCGGGAGAUGA